GUGGAAGUAAACAAGGCCUAUGUAUAUCAUCAUGUUCGGGUAAAAUCUUCUUUCUCACACAUGUUUUUUCUUUCAUUUCCUUCCCCUUUCUUCUUCCUAAAUAGCAUGUGUGAAAGGAACUAAGAUUUGGGUCAAAUUCAUCUUCCCCACACCCCAAUUUUAGUUAGUAUCGAUUCUUACUUGAUUUACACUGCACUUUUACAAAAGCUACAAUGAUUAUUUCGGUGUUACUUCUAAGUAGAAUUGGUGCGUGCAACUAAAGAUUCAUGUGAAAAUCUUUGGCCAUCUGUAUAUAUCUUUUAGCCAGAUUAUUAUAUAUCAUCUAAGUACGGGGCAUGGAUCCCCGUCGGGAUUUAUUGAGGACGGGAUAGAGAGAAAAUAUCGCGGUUGGUGAGGAAGGGAUCGGGAUGGGCAACGAUUCCACCAUGAAAAAAAUCCUUUAUUAUCAUCCCUACAUAGGAGGCAUUAUAUGGAUAGCUAACAAAAUCUAUCCAAGAGCGCACAGAGCACUGUAUUGAGAAGAAUAAUAUUGUAACGUUUUUCACUAAAAUGACGACUAACGAAUUUCGAAACCAAAAAUAUAAAGCAGAUAUGGAUCUGUCGGAAUGGUUUAACUAGUAGCCAUUGAAAUAAUUGACUGGAACUGAACAUCCUGAGCACAAGCUCCAAUCUGCAAAAUCUUGGAAAGAGCCGAAUCUGAAUGGUUCUCAUGCUUCGCUUUGACGUGGCGGCCCCACUCUGGCAGAAGCACAUACCACAUGCUUGCACGUUAAAUAAUCUCCAUCCUGUCCCCGCCUCUUUUUCAGCUGCACGCACGCUUCCUGCCCCUGUUUCUACUACCUGCAGGGCUCGGCUCAGGCUGCAGUUACCACCACCACUCCACUCCACUCCCCUCCACCAUCACAUCCCAAGCAGAGACACCAAACUAACCCACGACACCAGCUGACCACCACGUACACCUCCCGCCCCCGCCGCUAAACCUAUAACACCACCGCAACCGCGACGCGGCAUCAGCCGCCCGUCGAUCACUAACCGCGCUCAGCGGCGGACGACUAGAGCACAGGGCAUGAGAGCCUACGCGGCGACCCCAGCCGUGGCCACGCUGCCGUCGGCCGCCCCGCCGCUGACACCCGACGCCGCGGCCGUCCUGUCCCGCGCCGCGGCCGACGCGUCCAGGCGCCGCCACGCGCACACCACGCCGCUCCACGCGGCCGCCGCGCUGCUGUCCGGACCGGCGCCGCUGCUCCGGGACGCCUGCGCCGCGGGGCUCGCGUCCCCGCACCCGCUCCGCUGCCGCGCGCUCGACCUCUGCUUCUCCGUCGCGCUCGACCGCCUCCCCACCUCCACGGAGCUCCAGCACCACCACGACGGCGCCUUCCACGCGGCGGCCGCGCCGCCGCUCUCCAACGCGCUCGCCGCCGCGCUCAAGCGCGCGUACGCGCACCACCGGCGCAUCGGCAGCGGCGGCGUCGAGGCCGACGACCACCGCGUCGGCGUGCCGCACCUCGUGCUCGCCAUCCUCGACGACCCGUCCGUGGCGCGCGUCAUGCGCGAGGCGUCCUUCUCCAGCACGGCCGUCAAGGCCGCCAUGCUCAGGUCCCUCUCCGACCCGGCGGCACCCGACGCCGGCGCGUACGUCAGCGCCAGGGUGAUGCACCGGCAGGCCUCCCAUGGCCGGGAGGAGGAGGUGGCCAAGGUGGUGGAAGUGCUCAAGAGGGGCAAGAAGCGCAACCCGGUGCUCGUUGGCGACACGGUGGACGUGGACGCCGUGGUGCAGGAGGUGAUCACGCUGAUACAGAGGCAACGGCUCGGCAACGCGCGCGUCAUCUCCUUCCCCAAGGAGUUCGGCGACCCGGUCGACAUGGACAGGGCACAGCUCACCGCCAAGAUCAAGGAGCUCGGCGAAACGGUAAGGUCCGCAUCGAGCAGCGCCGGCGUCGUGGUCAACCUCGGCAACCUGCAGUGGCUCGUCGAGGAAAAAUGCGCGUCUCAUCAGGGCGAGCAGCAGGAGAAGAGAAGGGACGUGGUGCUCGACACGGCGCGAGCCGCCGUGGACGAGAUGGCGCGCGUUCUGAACCUGUCCGGCGAAGGGGAGCACCGCGUGUGGGUGAUCGGCACGGCGACGUGUGCCACGUACAUGAAAUGCCAGGUGUAUCACCCGGGGCUGGAGAGCGAGUGGGACCUCCAGGCCGUGCCCAUCACGCCCAGGCCUCCUCCUCCGCCGCCGCCGCCGCUUGGGCUCUCGCCGAGUGUUGGAGCUAACAGGGGCAUCCUGAGCAGCUCGGUGGAGGUGUUGUCAACGGCGAUGACGUCGUCCCCAAUGCAACGGGCGCCGAGCCUUUGCAGCGCCUGCAUAGAGGGAUACGAGCGCGAGCGCGCCGAGAUGGCAUCAUCGGAGCGUGCUCCCUGUCCGGCCGAGCAGCCGAUGUCGCUGUGGCUGCAGAUCGGCACGCCGAGCAGCGGACGCCCGGCACCGGCAGACCGCGCACAGGAGAAGGCGCGGGAGGUUGACGAGCUGCGACGCCGGUGGCGCGACCGGUGCGCGCAGCUGCACUCGCAUGGCCGCCCACCGCUGGUCACCUGCUCCGAGUGGAACGGGGCUACUAUUCUUGCCAACAUGCAGGCGCCGCCGCCGGUGGUACGGCCAUCGGUGCAGCCUAGGGGUGCCGUGGACACGGAUCUUGCGCUUGGCCUGGCGGCGGCGAGGCCGGCGUGUGAGACGGACGACAAGCUGCUCGUGAGACGGCUCACGGAGGCGGUGAGAUGGCAACCCGAGGCUGCUGCUGCCGUGGCCUGUACGAUCGCCAAGGCCAGGUCCGGCGUAGCCAGGCGGCGCGGCAAGGCCGACGUCGACGCGUGGGUCGUCUUUGCCGGGCCUGACGUGGCCGGAAAGAGGAGCAUGGCCGAGGCGCUGUCCAAGUCCGUAUUCGGCACGGGGGCCGUCACCGUGCGCCUCAGCUGGCCGCAAGCCGGCGAUGACGGCGGCGAGUCCGUCGUGUCGUGCCGUGGCCAGACGGCGCUGGACCGCAUGGCGGAGGCGAUACGGGCGAACCCGUUCCGCGUCGUCGUGCUGGACGGCGUCGACCACGCCGACAGCGUUGUCCGCGGGUCCAUCCUCCGUGCUAUCGAGUCCGGCCGGCUCUCGGACUCGCACGGCCGCGACGUCGCCCUCGGCACCAACAUCUUCGUCGUUAUGUCGCAGUGGUCGCCGCCGUUGCCGGAUCACCUGAUGAGGAGCUCGCAGGAAGCCGAACCCUUUCUUCCUGACCUGCCAUGGAACCUGGAGCACGGGAUGAUCACCGGCGGGAAGAAGCGAAGGCCGGAGCAGCUGCUUGAAGCAGGAGACCGGUGCACAAAGGCACGUAAACACUCGGCACGGGAGCCGCUUCCCCUGGACUUGAAUCUGUCCAUGUCCGAUGACCAUACCGAUGCCGUAGACGACAGCGGCGGCGAGGGAUCACGGAACUCGUCCAGUGACCUCACCGUGGAGCACGAGCAGGAGUACGGCCAGCCAGCUUAUUCCGCCAGGUGCUCGGCGCCACCAACCGUGUCCGAGCUCAUCAAAGCUGUGGACGGAGUGGUCGUGUUCAAGCCACCGGUGAACUUGGAGCCACUGAUGAAGCGGAGCGUCUCCGACUUGGUGGUGCCGGCGGCGAAUAAGUUCGGGGAAAUCACGGUCGGCGGGUGGUCCGUUCACGUCGACGACAGCUUGCUGGGCAGGCUAGCCGCCGGUGCCGCCCGGGCAGCAGCUGGAGCGACGGCGGCUACGCCCAUGGAGGCAUGGACCGGCGAGGUGCUAUGCCCUAGCAGCAUACGGCAGUUCAAACGUAGCUUGAGCACCAACGACGUGGACGGAGCGACGGUGGAAGGCGGCGGCCGGAGAAAGGACAGCGAGAUGUUCCCUAUGAUGCCGGUGACGGUCGACGGCAACUGAUGUCUGAUGACGCGCCGCACACUCCGACAAUCGACCUCCACGUUUUUCCAUCUUUAUUUGCUGGUCAUCAAGAUAUGAUCAAGCACGGUGUACAUUAGUACAUUCAUGUAAAUUUUUCAGCAAUCAGUUUUUUUUUUCGAUUGGAGAGGAGUAACAAUCAUAAACUAGAGACGGGACAAGAGAUCACUAAGGUAGCCAGUAGCUCCUUUUCCCAUUUUGCUUUUACGUACAAUUCCACGGAGAUCAUGGAUUCGGUUGGCAACAA